CAGAGAAUCUAAUGAACAUGAUUGUGAUUGAUGAAUGACAAACGAGGAGGAACUGCUUUCUGUAGUUAAAACAAAAUAUAAUAAUAGUUAAAUUCAGACUAGAAUCAAAUGCAAGUUAUGUAAUAACGAAAAAUUAUUUUAUUGCACAACGUUGCUUGCUUAAGAUCACGAGGCGGGAACUCUUACUCCAUACAAAAUACAUAAAUAAACACAAUGUCACGUCGACUGACAAAGCGACAUCUUACGCCUGCGGACGAAUAUGAAUGUCCUCUGUCUGCGGAGACGCAAGCCAUUGCUGAGGAGCAGCUGAGAGAAACGGAAAACGCCAGAUCCCAAGCUCUUGAAGCCCUAAGAAACUGGUUGGAACAACAUCCAAAAUUUAUGGCUAUCAGAAUGGAUUCAAAUUUUCUUCUACGUUUUCUGCGCACAAAGAAGUUUAGCGUGCCCAUGGUUCAGGAGGCUAUCGAGCGUUACAUACUAUUGCGACAGUCGUGGGGUAUCGCAUUCAAUCAACUCGAUUACAAAUUACCUGUUAUGAUGGAACUUAUCGACCUUGGGUACAUUUUUGUCAGCCCCUUCAAGGACAAGCUUGGCCGUCGGGUCGUAAUUUAUAGACCAGGAGUGUUCGAUCCUUAUAAAUAUACAAAUCAAGACAUGUGUAGAGUGAUGGGAAUUUGUUAUGAGACUCUUAUGGAAGACGAGGAAUGCCAGGUCAGGGGUGUAGUUCACUACGCUGAUGGUGCUGGAGUCAGCUUUCCACAUCUUACCCUCUUCACUCCGAAAGAGGCUGUACGGAUUGUAAAAAAUGGAGAGAAAACUAUACCGAUGAGACACAAAGAAAUUUACGGCGUCAAUGUACACCCGACCAUAAAGUUUGCUCUUGACUUUGGAAUGGCUUUAAUAUCAGAGAAAAUACGAAAGCGUGUGAAACUGUACACUGCAGUUGAGGAUGUAGAAAUCGAUAAGAGUCUCUUACCGUCAGAGUACGGUGGAACUAUGCCGAUGAAGGAAAUGAUUGAGUUAUGGAAAGUAGAACUAGCCAGUAAGAGAGACAUUCUACUUCUAAAUGACAAAAUGGCCGUGCGUCUAGAAAUGUACAGCGAAGCGGCGCGAGAGGGCGCCAUUUCCGCUCUACGCGCGGGUGCGAACACUUGCUCCGGCGUUGAUGCAGUCGGAGACGCUAUGCGAGGCCUAACAGGAAACUUCAGAAAACUUGAAGUCGACUAAAUUAAUUACAUACUAAAUCUCCGAAUGUUAAGUUUAUCCACUCUAUGAAAGUCAACAACGCAGAAGCGUUUUAAGAGCUAUUUGAUAUAAUUUUGUUUGCAUAUCAGUGUUUUGAGGGGCCUGUUUGGCCCUAAUAGUAAUAUAUGGAUAAAGUGCCAAAUAGCUAUGCAACACAUAAAUUAUUCGAAAGAUAAAAGUUCCGAAUAAGAUACUUGGCAUUUCAUGACAAAUAGCGCUAUCUGACAGUCGUGAAACGCAAAAAUACUGUUUAUCCUACAAAUAAGUAACAAAUAGCUUAUUUGGAACUUAUCCGGACAUUGUGAAACAGGCCCUUAGUGUUAAAAACAUGAAAACACGUCCGUGCACUGUAAAAUACAUUUUAAAGUAAAACAAAAAGGUCGCCAUUUCAGUAACGGGCUUUAGAUUAGGUUUUUAUAUUUGUCAACUAGAGGUUUGAGUAGAUGCUAGAUUAGUAUGUAGAAUUAGUUAUAUGAUCAUCAUUUUUAUUGUAUAAGACUGCGCUUAGAGAGAAAUCUUAUGUAAAGCUUACAAAAUCUUUCGAAAAUUCUCAAAAACAUAUCUCUCAAAGCCGAGUUACCCAUAAUACUGGGUAGAAUAGUUGGAAAAUUAUAUUCUGAUAUUCUUUCAACUAAACCAAUAAACAUAUGUUCCAUAUAUAUGUAAAAGGAUAAGACUAAUAAUUUUAAGUUUGUAUUAAAUAAAAGUCGUUAUAGUUA